CCCACAUGUAUAAAAAGGUGAAGCGACUGUGCUAGAAAUUAUUUUGAUCGCAGAUAUUUUGUCAGGACGUAACUAGUUUUGUUUUUCCAUUAUGGCUCAGAUGUCUUUUAUUUUUGUCUGCGUUUUUGUGGUGGUCAUCAGCUUCAGUGAAGCUACGCCAUUCGGAAUGUUUCCAAAGAUGGCGAUGCCCGGCUUUCAACAAAUGGGAAUGCCAGGAUUUGGGUUACACGAUAUGAUGCAAAUGAUGAUGUUUCCAACGAUGCAACCAAAGCCUUUUCAAGUGACGGCACCCAAAGAUAUAAAUAAGCUACGGGAGCAAAUGCGACUUCAACAAUUGAAGAUAGAAGCUCAACAUAAAAAAAUGAUGCUAGAACAUCAAAAAAUGAUGGAAGCGGCAAUGAUGAAUCACUUUGCGACCCUGGCUCCAAAGCCUCUUGUAGAGACAAAGCCCAAAUCAAAGUCAUCCAAGUCUAAGUCGAAGUCAUCUAAAUCGAUGAAUAGUGAUACUAGUGCAAGAUCGAAAAGUAAGUCGGACGUCAACAGUAAGGAGAUAAAAUUGAGCAUGCCUAGCAAAAUGCCGUUGACCAUGCCUGGCCAAAUGCCGUUGACUGCUGGUAUGCCAGGCUCCAAUUAGAGUAUGUCGUAUUCCACGUCGUCUCAUUCUGCCCACGUCAAUGGUGUGCCUGUCACCGCCUCACAAACCGGCCAAGUGACAGUCAACGAUAAUGGAAAAGUAACCACUCAUGUUUUCUAGAUAUUAGUUCUAAUUAACAGUUAUUAUUUCAAGCUCUAUGUAAAUAAAAUUAUAACAUUUGAACUCUA